AUGUCGUAUAAAGGAAACACAAUUAUAAUAUCCGGAAAUUUGCCCAUACACAGCAAGGAUGGAGACCUCGGAUACUAUGCGCCGUCUUGUUCUUCUGUGGCAGCGUCGAUGCUCUAUGGUGUCUCUGAAGAAAUGAGAGAAAACACGAUCAUUAUUGGAAUUGCCAAUCCAGAGGGUAUGCCCUCGUACAAGAACAUACAGCCCAGCGAGUUCAGAUUCUUGCCUGUAGAAACAUCAAAAAGGCCGAAGGAUCUUAUCUUCUCGCAGCAUCUGUCGCAGGCAUGCCAUCAUGCCCUUGGGAACAGUGCUUUGUUCCCGCAGGACCUAGAAGAGCCUUAUAACGACUAUCUCCAAUUUAACCAAGAGUUCCUGUGCUCUCUUAAAACAGUGUAUUCAUCCAAAGACACAAUUAUUAUUCUCGGAAAGCACCUUCUAAUGCUGCCAUCGCUUAUUAGAAAAGAGUUUCCAAUGGCAAAGAUAUCACUUGUCUUCCUCUGUCCAUUCCCACCGUAUGAGCUGUUUAGCUGCAUACCAUACUCAAAGGAGGUUCUACUAUCUCUAUUGGCAUGCGACAAAUUGGAGCUCCAGAACAGCGACUAUCUUGAGAACUUUAUAUCAACAGCUUUUCUGUCGAUCAACGCACAGAAUAAGGAGGUAUCUGAGCAAAUGCUUGAGUCUAUAAGGGGAAACCCAAGCCUUGUCUUUGUCAGCAAGCCAGACACCAUCUGCAAAGGCGAAAACAAGGAGCUGCUGCUUCCCUGUGCGGAGGAUGGAAGGGACAUGCUGUCGCUUCUCACAACCUCGUAUAAAACUAAUGUCCACAGAGUGGAUCAAAGAAGUUUGCAGGGUCCUGUGUCUAUAAAUGACACCGAAUGCACAGAAACAAGCGAGUAUCUAGAAGACGUUAUGCCAGUGGUUCAGAGAUUGCACAAAUCUUCAAAAGGAAGCAAGACAUACAUUGUGUAUGCAGAGAACUCUAGAGUGCUGGUUUCUGUUACUCCAAAAACUGUGCCAAAAGAGUUUAUUAAAAAGGUGAUGGAGCUGGAGGAGUGCACGGCAGUUUAUGCAAAGAUUGCUGAGGUAAAAAAAGACCGAAAGCUUGUGCUGAUACUGGAAACGACGCGCAAGAUAGGAACACCGGUGCACAACCUUCUUUCUGUCCUCAAGUACCUGAAGAAGAAUCCAGAUACAAAUGUAGACUUUGUUCGGUGUGUGGUGUAUGGCGAAAGCGUGGCGUACCAUAAUACAGAGCUGUCUGGGCUUGCAGAGAGAAUUACCUCUCUAUACCCAAGCAGAUUCUCUACGAUUAUAUUCCCGCAGCUGUACUUAUAUUUCUCGCUGCUUUCUCUGGCAGAUGUGUGUGUGGCAGGCUCACCGACUGAUUCAAUGUCUCUUGCAGCCAACGAGUAUCUUGAGCUGAACCCCAAGGGAAGGCUUAUUGUUCCAUACUCUUCGGGUAUUUCCUUUGAGCACGCUCUUUACACCCUUAACUGCCCCGAUAUAACUGCAAAUGUUAUUGCACAGGCACUGGAGAAAGAAGGAGAGGCGGAAGUACUGGAGAGCACUCAAAACUGGAUCUCUUCCUUGCAGUGCACGCUCAAGACAGAUCUAAGCUACGACGUUGAAAAGACCGAUAAGAUACCUGUGCACAUAUGCAAAGACAUUUUGCAAGAAAAGGAAGAGAUAAAAAAAGCAUAUAUCAGCUCAGAGCAAAGAAUGAUAUUCCUAGACUAUGAUGGGACUCUGACAGACAUUGUUCCAAACCCCAGAGAUGCCAAGCCAACGGAAGAAAUACUGGGGAUGCUUCAGAGGCUGCAGGAGGAUGAGAAAAACACUGUAUUCAUAGUCACUGGAAGAGGCAAAGAAGAGGCCGAGGAGUGGUUUGGCCACCUUGGCAUUAAAAUAUACGCAGAGCAUGGGACGUACAAAAAAGAGAAUGGAGCGUGGAGUGAAGUGCCCUGCGAUCUUUCAUGGAAGCCAGACGCGAUCAAAAUAAUAGAAGAGUAUGUUAGUUACACGCCUGGGUCGCACAUAGAGAUAAAAAAUACGUGUGUAGUGUUCCACUGCAAAGAGUACGGAAAAUGGUGUGCAAGUGCUCUUCAGCGAAUGGUAGGAAGUAGGGCCAGGGUUGUAACGGGAAAGAACAUCAUUGAAGUGCGGCCUAAAGGCAUUGACAAAGGAUCCUGCAUAGAGAAAGAGUCUCACUACAACUGCUUUACACUCUGUGCAGGAGAUGAUGCCACAGACGAAGACAUGUUUAUGGUUCUCCUGGAGGCGCCUACCACAUACACAGUCUGUGUGGGCAAUAGGAGCACAUCUGCCUCAUUCCGGACACAGUGUCCAAAGGACCUUAGAGAGCUUCUUAAGUAUCUUUACGAAUAA